AUGGCAACCGCAACCGAAACAUCGGCCCUAGAUUUAAUCGAGCGACAUUUGUUCCUCGACAUAUUUUCUCCUGUUGUUGAUAGCUCCCAACUCGAAGAAUAUGCUAAAUUUUUAGCAUCAGAUCCGUCUUCUUCACCUAUUUCCUCAUCUUCUUCGUCUUGUUUUUCAUCGUCCUCGAUUUCGUUAUCAUCGAUACAAAUAAAUUCAUGCACAACAAAUUCCACGCAUCAAAACAACCCUAGUGAGCAUCAUUUAUCGCGUGAUGAGAAGCUGGUCGAUUUCACCAAUAUCGAUUCUUGGUCGAAGAAAAAUAAAGUGAACCCUUCGAGAGGAUGUAACAAAAGCGGCGAAAUCGAUUUUAGGCACUAUAGAGGAGUGCGAAAAAGGCCGUGGGGAAAAUUCGCGGCAGAGAUUCGAGAUCCCAAGCGAAAAGGAUCGAGAAUAUGGCUAGGCACGUAUGUGACACCGAUAGAGGCAGCUAAAGCUUACGAUAAAGCCGCUUAUAAGUUACGCGGCAGCAAAGCUAUUCUCAACUUUCCUCUCGAAAUAGCAAAAUCUAGUGGCCUCCCGAAUAAGCAUGAAAACGAAGAGAUCAAGAAAGCAAAUAAAGAGAAUAAAGAGAGAGUGUUGGUGCAACCGAAAGUGUGUGAUAAUAAUAGUAGCGGUGAAGUUUGUCAACCUCCAUUAGAGUCAAGAUUUGCAUCGUUUUGUUGGCCGGGGAGUAUGGAUUUGUGGGGAGAUGGUGAAAUGAGCAUGUUAGAUUUUCCUCUUCUAUCGCCGUCGUCUCACUAUUAUCCUUCAAUAGAAUCUCAACAUCGUAUGGUUUAA